CAGAUAAUGAGUACAAUUCCUCCUGCUUUCUAAUUCCAUCCCAAACACAUUCAAUUCAAUUCAAUUCAAUGAUCUCAGCGCUGGACCAAUGAUAAUGGACAAGUCCAUCCCCUUCCUUUUCAUCUCCUCUCUUCUCCUCAUCACCAACAUCUCCUGCAAUACAACGGACACCAUCACGCCCGCCCAACCCCUCAAAGAUGGCCACACCAUUGUCUCCUCCGACGGAACCUUCGAGUUAGGCUUCUUCAGUCCGGCCGGAAACACCUUGAACCGGUACGUCGGAAUCUGGUACAGGGCCACCGACGGAGCUCCGGUCUGGGUUGCCAAUAGGCAAGCGCCUCUUAGAAGCAAGCCCGGAGGAGUCUUGAAGAUCAUCCAGCCCGCAGGCGUUCUUUCCCUCCUCCACGACGACGAUCACCCGACUUCUCAACAGACGCCCGUUUGGUCCACGGUCUCGUCGGCCGCUCGGCCCCCGGCGAAGAACCCGGUCGCCCAGCUGCUCAAAACAGGGAAUCUUGUGGUCAGAGAGGCAGACGACGAGGACCCGGAGAAUUUCAUAUGGCAGAGCUUCGAUUACCCGACCGACACGUUGCUGGCGAGCAUGAAGCUCGGGAAGAACUUGGUUUCCGGCCUGGAAAUGUACCUGUCGUCGUGGAAGAGCUCCGGCGAUCCCUCCCCGGGGGAUUACACUUAUCACUGCGACAUCACAGGGUAUCCCCAGGAUCUUCUGAGGAAAGGGUCCAAAGUGGUUUACCGGGCCGGGCCCUGGAACGGCCUCCACUGGAGCGGCGCUCCGAACAUGGUGAACAACACCAUGACGUCAUUCGGGCUGGUUAUGAAUAAAAAGGAGAUUUACUACAGAUACGAGCUGGUGAACAAGUCGGUGAUCUCGACUCUGGUGGUGAGCCCCGACGGAGUCACGGCGCGGCGGACAUGGGUGGAGAACACCCGAUCGUGGCAGACCUACCACAGCGUGAAGGCGGACGAUUGCGACGCGUACGGACUGUGCGGCCCUUACGGCACCUGCAACGUUCUGGACGCUCCGGUGUGCCAGUGUUUGGACAAGUUCGUUCCGAGGAAUCCGGGGGAUUGGGGGAGUGCGGAUUGGUCGGCGGGGUGCGUCCGGGAGGCGCCUCUGAACUGCACCGGAGACGGGUUCAUCAAGUACCCCGGCGUGAAACUGCCGGACACGAACAUCUCCCGGUACAACGAAACGAUGUCGCUGGGAGAAUGCAAGGCGGUUUGUGCGAGGAACUGUUCGUGUAUGGCAUAUUCGAGUUUGGACAUUCGGAAUGGAGGGAGUGGGUGCUUGCUGUGGAUGGGAGACCUGGUCGACACCAGGCAGCUUUCCGAAGCCGGGCAAGACAUCUAUAUCAGAAUGGCACAUUCUGCCGCAUUGGGAGAAAAGAACCAAUAUUGGUGGUUGAUCCGAUUUUGUUGGCAGCUUCUAUAGAAGGAUCUACUGGGAAGAGAAGAAGGGAGGCGGUGUAUGUGGGAUUGGCAUUGGGUAUUGCUGCAGUUCUUCUGGUAUUGGGCACAGCCUCCUGCUAUUUCAGGAAAAGGAACAAGGCUAUUCCAGAGGUCCCAAAUGACGUUUGUGGUGGGCACAACACCAUGAAGGGCUCGAGUGCUCAGAGACACACUGAAGAUCUGGAGCUGCCUCUGCUUGAUCUGUUUACAUUAAGUAAAGCCACUGACAAUUUUUCACUAAACAGCAAACUUGGGGAAGGUGGCUUUGGACCCGUUUAUAAGGGGGUGCUUGAAGGAGGACAAGAAAUAGCAGUGAAACGACUCUCUGAAACAUCAAAGCAAGGGCUUGGGGAGUUCAAGAACGAAGUAAUUUGCAUUGCAAAGCUGCAGCAUAGAAAUCUUGUGAAGCUUUUAGGAUGCUGCAUUGAAGGAGAAGAAACCAUGCUUGUUUAUGAAUACAUGCCUAACAAGAGCCUUGAUUUAUUCAUUUUUGAUGAAGCGCGGAGUGGACUGCUAGACUGGCCAAAACGCUUCAACAUUAUCAACGGGAUCGCUCGAGGACUUCUGUAUCUUCAUCAAGACUCCAGGUUGAGAAUCAUCCAUAGAGACCUCAAAACCAGCAACAUUUUACUUGACAUUGACAUGAACCCGAAGAUAUCGGACUUUGGGAUGGCCAAAAGUUUUGGAGGAAAUGAGACAGGAGCCAACACUUGUCGCGUGGUUGGAACGUAUGGAUACAUGUCUCCAGAAUAUGCAGUUGACGGGAUAUUCUCUGUAAAAUCAGAUGUGUUUAGUUUCGGAGUCUUGGUAUUAGAGAUCAUAGGUGGGAAGAAGAACCGGCGGUUUAUUCAUCCAGAUCACCACCUAAACCUGCUUGGACAUGCAUGGACUCUAUAUAAGGAGAAUAGGUCAAUGGAAAUGGUGGAUCCUAUACUGGUUAGUUCAUGCGAUCCAGCCGAAGUGACUAGAUCGAUCCACGUGGCUCUGUUGUGUGUGCAACAAGCUGCAGAGGAUAGACCAAACAUGUCAUCGGUGGUGUGGAUGUUGGGCAAUGAAGGUGUUCUGCCAGAAGCUAAGCUGCCAGGUUUUUUUACACAGAGAAGUGUGGCUCCUACUGAACAACACAGCUCUUGGAGUACACAAACACCCAGUUCUGUAAAUGAUGUUACCAUCUCUCUGUUAGACGCUAGAUAGAAGGAAACCAAAACCUCUUGAUUUCUUGACACUUCACUUUUUUCUCUUCGUUGCCUUAACUAACUCGGACAUGUAAUUAGUCAUUCUUGUUUAACUAGAUAAAAGGCACUUUACAAUGAAUGCAAUUAAAUUUUUUGAAUGCGU